CUGCACAUGAGUGCUUCCAGGCGCAAGCCGCUGAUUUUCCCGACUUUCACCCCAAUAGCUACAUGCUCCGAGUUUGCGGCCAUUGAUAAAUUGUUUUCGCGAACAUGUCCACGGGAUCCAUCAGCGACGUCGACGACUUUCAUGAAGCGGAGCUCCUGGAUGACAUCCUAAAACUGGGAUCUGGCAAAGACUCCGGCGCGUCCAACGAAAGCACAGAGGAGAGCUCGAAUUGUGAGAGCAACUCGACGAGAGAGGACAAGGAAGUUUCGGGAAAGAAGAGGAAAACCUCAUCCAGAAAGAGCACCCUGAACGGAGUAGCGCACGAAGGCAAGCAGGUACAGAGAAACGCCGCCAAUGCCAGGGAGAGGGCGAGGAUGCGCGUUCUCAGCAAAGCCUUUUCCAGGCUGAAGACGACUUUGCCGUGGGUUCCACCGGAUACCAAACUGUCAAAACUGGACACUUUGCGAUUGGCAUCAAGCUAUAUCGCCCACUUGAGACAGAUUCUAGCCAACGAUAAAUAUGAAAACGGGUAUAUACACCCAGUUAACUUGACAUGGCCGUUUAUGGUGGCUGGAAAACCCGAGAAUGAGUUGAAAGAAGUGCUGAACACAACGCGGUUAUGUGGAACUACAGCCUCUUAAUUUAAUUGA